AUGACAAACACCAAAAUCAAUGCAUCCAAUGCUAGCACUUCUAAAAGAGAUGUUCGCUCCGCACAAGCAGUUGAUGACAGAAACCAAAUCCAGAAAUUAACACAAUUAUGCGAAUCCAAGACUAAACAAUUGAAAAGCAUUGGUUUAGACAACAACUAUAUGAGACUCGCAUUUGACUCGCUUUCAGUGGUUAUUCAACACCUCAUAGAACAGUACGAACCCUUCGAAACCCCCAAAAUUAAAAAAGCCCUCAAUACUGCCCACACCCGAUGCGAACAGCUCAGGGAGAAUCUCGACACAAAGGAUGUAGAGCUGAAUGAUAUGAAACUUAUAUUUGAGGAGCAAAUCAAUCAAUUGAUGAAAGAAAGAGAGAAAAACUUUUGCGAUUUGAAUGAAGCGAAAGUGACUCACGAGUUUCACAUAAAGAGACUCAAAGAAAUGCAUUGUUUGGACACUAAGAAACUGGAAGACAAAUAUAACAAUGAAUUGAUGAAAAGUCAACAAAAUUGCGAUCAAUUGAUGGCACAAAUGGAAGAGAAGACAUCGGAAUUGACUCAAACUCGACAAACAAAGGAAGCGCUGGAAAGUCGACUCAAACAGAUGGAGCAAAACAUUAUGAACGAUAAGGACAAGAAGUUUAAGUAUUUGACUGAAAAGAGCAAACAAUUAGAUCUGGAGGUGGAGUCACUGAAAGUAGUUAUGGAGAUGAAGAACGAGAAGAUCCAUACAUUGGAGAGAAAGAUGAUUGAAACGCAAGAAAAGAUGAAUGAAUUGCCGUUCGCUAAGGAGAACGUCCGAAGUCUUCAACAACAGGUCGAGACUCUGCAGAUCACACUCGACCGCAAAAUACAUCAAUACAAUCAACUGACUCGUGAGCACCAGGAUCUCCAGUGUCUCUACGAGAAGGAGAUGCGGGAAAAGCGCAGACUAUCCAUGAAGAAUGAAGAGCUGGCUUUCCAUUUAAGUGAGAGUUUCAGCGAAACGUCCACUGCUCUCAACAACUGUUCCCAAUUGGAUGUGAAUCACUUGCGAUUCAAGUCUCCGGCCAUUAAUAUCGAUGAAACACCGAUCAAACCGAACCGUUCUAUCAGUAUAAACAACAGUUACUCCAAUAGGAAGAGUCACUCCAGAGUGAACCGUUCAAAAUCAAUGGCAACCACAACCACAACCACCACUUCAUUGGUUGAUGGGAGAGGCACUCCAAUGGCUAAUUCGCUCACUUCUACUGUCACUGACAAUGAGAACCAUUUUUUAUCGAAUAGUACUAUAGAUGAAGUGUAUAACAAGAGAACCAAUUUUGUGGACUUCAAUGCAAUGCCUCCGCCGACCAAACAGAGCCUUAUGACUAGGUUUGACGCCUGUGCCAUCCCUGGCAUGUCUGUACCCUCCGAUGAGACGCCUCCACAAUGUAUUCUUGACAGUGGCUUUGAGGAGAUUCAAGGACUCAACUCUCUGUCCAAAUAAGCGUAUUGUUCACUCAUUUAUUGAUUACUAUUAGAAGUGUUGCAAUAGGUUUCAAUUAAUUAUGUAUUUAACGGCUCAACGAUUUUAAAAUCUAUUCAUUUAUUUCUAAGCAAUUUCUAUAUAUUUAAACACUCGAAGCAUA